GUUGCCCGGAAAAGUUGUAUCGAUCCUAUCUAGCUGCCUGGCAGUGUUUCGCAUGUAAAAAUAAUGUUUACUAAAGCAGACAUUCUUCUGAUUAUUUUUGUAGUGGUAAUUCUGAGCAAAAUCAUAUUCAAAUGAUAAUCAUAUUAAGGGGUUAAAAUCCACUUAUUUUCAACUACAUAUCUCAUCUCAUGUCAACUCCUCAAAUCUAUGGAAUGGAAGAUAUUCUCGCCUAGCAUAAAGUCCUAUGCAAUCACCAGUUGCUGGAACGCAUAUUUUCCUUCCUCGACCUGGAAUCUUUGAAAAACUGUCGCCUCAUAUGUUCCCAAUGGGCCUACGAAGCCGGACGGAUUUUCCCCGAGGUCAAGAUUGAAAUCCAAACAUCCCACGGAUACCAAGAAAUUGAAUUUCACCCCGCUCCCAAUGUAAUCAAGUGGGCACGUGAUUUUCGCGCGAAAAUAUCCUGCGAUCAUUUAUUCCAUAAUGACCAAUACCUUGACCAGGUCUUAAGAGACAAUGCGUAAUAGAAUUUUCCUUCUAAAUAUUUAAUAGGCUGGCGAAACCAAGUCCUUGCAGCAGGCGUCCUACACUCAUCUAAUCGAGUUGUUUCCAUCCCUCGAAUUUCUCGACUUUGACGGCUGGCCCGCACUUUUCACAACGGAUCAAGAGGUCAACAAAGAACCCAAAUGUUUGGCAGCCCUUGCAUCAACAGAGGGACCACACCCUUGCCCAAAUUUGACCGGUCUACGAGCUGAUUACUUAAUAAAGGAGGACAUGGUCAAUGCAAUGACAUCGUUCCCCAGACUUUUGAACUUCCUCGUGGUCCGCAUUUACCAAAGGGAUGUCAGAACCGUGACCAAGGUGGGGCAAAUGCUGCGUCGUCAUUCCACAUCUUUAAAAUUAUUCGAGCUGGUUUGGCAUACCCAAAAAGAACGAGACUUUAUCUCUCAAAAGAUCGACCUGCCAAGAUAUUUUCCUCAACUUGAAUCCUUACGAUUAAAAGUUGCCAUUCACACAGGACCCGAGGAAAUAGAAAGAUUCGCUCUUGACAUGGUGGAUGUAUUUUAUUUCCGGCCAUUAUUUUUGGAAAAUGGGCUGAAAAUUUCCAUGCCACGGUUAACACAGCUUCAAAUUGUGGUCAGCUACUCGGUGAACCCCGACUUUUGGGUCUACCUUAUUCCGGACUGUGACCAAAAUGGGAGUGCAUUUGAAAUCCCACAAAUCAAAAUUUUGAGCACUUCGCUUGUCACGGAGAAUUGUGGGUCCGUCCAAGUAACAAGAUUCUCCCGGACAUUUCCUAACCUUACCAUGUUCCAGCAUGUAAUCAAAAUAGGUGAUCAAUUCCAUGGCUGUAAUCACAAAAUUCGGAAAGGACGACUCGUAAAAACCGAAAAAUCGGUGGAAAAUAUAGGAUUAGAAUACCCGGAUUACAUUGAUAUUCAGCUCCGCUCAAUUCUACAAAUUUCAGGUGAACCUGAAGGCUUCCUUUGGGUUUAAGUUAUUAUUUUUACUACUU